AGCGGUUAUCGUACAACUGAAGUUUUUCCUUCUCCUUCCAUGCUCUCCGCCGAUACACGACUUCAUUUUGUUCCUAACGGUACCAAGUUACAGCCGACUUCAUCUUCCUCUUCACCGACGUUAUCUUCUUCCUUCACCCGACUGCCCCAAGGUUGAUCUUUCGGAUGACUGUAUAGGACAGAUAAAAGGGAUAUUGACUUCAGCUUUAUAAGUGCAGAUAUCAAGGGUCGGCCCUAUAUAAUUGCAUUCGGCUUUCUGCCUGCUGAAUCUGAAGCAUUCUGGAUUACUUUUUCUGCGAGUUACCAAAUAAAGGCAAUUCUCACCAUUUUCUCCUCUGGUUUGGAUGAAAGAUUUUUAGUUAUAAGCAGAGAUGGGGAAGAGGAGAGGAAGGGCAUGUGUGGUUGUGUUGGGCGAUAUAGGCCGCAGCCCUCGAAUGCAGUAUCAUGCCCUUUCGCUUGCUCGCCAGGCAUGUCUACAAGUGGACAUUGUUGCAUAUGGAGGUUCCGAUCCCCAUAUGGCUGUACUAGAGAAUCAGUCUAUUCAUAUCCACAAAAUGAAACAGUGGCCAGUGCGUCCUCAGGGUGUGCCAAAGAUACUUAAUCCCUUGAUUCUUUUGCUCAAGCCAUUGUUUCAGUUUUUUAUGCUGCUCUGGUAUCUCUGUGUCAAAAUUCCAGCUCCUGAUGUUUUCAUUGUGCAGAAUCCUCCAUCUGUUCCAACCUUGGUGGCUGUAAAAUGGGCAAGCUGGCUGAGGAAAUCCAUGUUUAUUGUUGAUUGGCAUAACUUUGGGUAUACUUUACUGGCACUGUCUCUUGGGAGAAACAGUCCAUUUGUAGCAGUCUAUCGUUGGGUUGAGAGGCAUUAUGGAAGGAUGGCCAACGGCUCCCUGUGUGUAACAAAAGCAAUGCAACAUGAAUUGUCUCAAAACUGGGGAAUUAAUGCCAUAGUUCUUUAUGAUCAGCCUCCUGAGUUUUUUCAUCCUGCUUCUGUUGAGGAAAAGCACAAGUUGUUUUGCAGAUUAGAUAAAGUUAUCAGUCAGCCUUACGGUAUUUGUGAUUGCGCCAGCUAUGGAUCCAUAGGAAUGAGGAACUGCAAUUCAAAUGAGACUCUAUUUACCACCAUCUCUGAUGGUGAUAUUUUGUUAAAGCCAAAUAGGCCAGCACUAGUUGUUAGCAGUACAAGCUGGACACCAGAUGAAGAUUUUGGCAUGCUUCUGGAAGCUGCAGUUAUGUACGAUAGACGUGUUGCUGCAAUCUUAAAUGAAAACGAUUCUACUCUUGAAGAGGUUCUAUGGAAGGAAUUGGCUGAUGGGAAGCAAUACUUGUAUCCUAGGUUGUUAUUUGUCAUUACAGGAAAAGGACCUGAUAAAGAAAAAUAUGAAGAAAAAAUAAAAAAGUUACACCUCAAGCGUGUGGCAUUUCGGACCAUGUGGUUGUCAGCUGAGGAUUAUCCAUUGCUUCUAGGAUCAGCAGAUCUUGGUGUGUGCUUGCAUACUUCAUCUUCAGGGCUGGAUCUUCCGAUGAAGGUUGUGGACAUGUUUGGUUGUGGACUGCCCGUUUGUGCUGUUUCCUACUCUUGCAUCAAGGAGCUCGUGACAGUUGAUAAAAAUGGUCUCCUCUUUUCAUCACCUUCAGAGCUAGCUGACGAACUUUUGAUGCUUUUUAAGGGUUUUCCAGAUGAAUGUAAUGCAUUGAAGUCGCUAAGAAAUGGGACACUGGAAAUAGGUUCUUCAAGGUGGACUACUGAAUGGGAAGAACAUGCAAUGCCAUUAAUAUUGGAGGUUAUUUCUCAGAACUCAAAUUAAUUUCCGGUCUCAAGUUCAAUUCGUUGGAGGGUAGUUUAAUGAGGUGUUGGGUGUGGAAAGCACAUGAAAGUCCCCAUAGGAAUAAUAUGCCGCUGCCGCCUUCUGUGUUUAUAUUCGACAGGAUUAGAGCUAUUUGAUAGCAUACGGUGAUCAAUUUCCCUUUCUGGGUUGAUGUUUGUUUUUCACAAAGAGUUUCUUCUUAUUAUAAAAACAAAGAAAAAGAAAGUUGAGAAGCAUAGAGAAUUGGUGCACGCUAUUAGAUCAUGAUGAUUAUUGAUCUUGUAUAAUCCCAUGUAGUACGUCAUGGUCAUUACGUGAUUCUGAUUGUGUAAUUUUUUCUUUAAACUCUAUUUUCCUAUAUUUAA